AUGGCUCUCCCCCUGAGAUUCAUCCCCCAGACAAUAUUACCAUACAAACCCAAGUGCCUUACUAGUUAUUACAAACAACUUAUGUCGAACUCCGAUCAAUCCAAGGUCUCUCCAGCUAAGACUUACUCCGAAGCAGUUUCGGCUUCAGAAGGAACUCGUUCGGAGCCCAGUAAGACGACUAAGACGGUCAAAACAGUCGUUAAGAAAGUGAAGAAGCAACCUAAGAGUCCAGAAGAGGUGCCGUCCGAGUGGGACGAGUCCAACUUAUCCUCGAAAUCCGAAACCAGAAAGACUGCAGCGACCGUGGUAAAGAAACCGGUUAAAUCAGCUUCUAGACCUAAGACUCUUACCAGCGACGGGCCGAUUGCACCUCCAGCGACUCCUGCUGAUCGACUCGAGUCGACCGAAAAAACUCAGGCAACAUCUCUUCCAGCUAAAAAGAAGUUGACGGUACCUGCCAAGUCUAACGAUCCGUUACCGAUCACUGAUCCCUUUAAGAGUAACGAGAAGCCUUCCAAACUCAUCGACAAGGACUCAAUCAGCCAUCUUAGCUUCAAGAAGUUGGAUCGAGAACCUCUAGCUAAGACAGUCAAUAACGCUGCAGAGACCUCGACCGACCAAGCACCUCGUAAGAGCGAAGUCUCUGUUCGAGUCGAUACGGUAUCCGAAGCAGCUAAGACCUUGUUACAAGGUCCUACGACCUUCAACCAACCGGUCGAGCGAACUACCCAGAAAGUGCUAGACAACUAUUUUGUCCCUCAAGGUCGAACUGUCCGAUCAGUUUCCUCUAGAUCAUCCGAUCACCCUUGUGGCUCUACCACCUCAGACUCAGUUCUACCCAGUGAAGGUAGCGAUCUAGAUAUUAUCACAGGAGCCACCGCCCAGCUUUGGUCGAAGCCAAAGACUUUACCGGCGCCCCUAGGGGACGACAUUCUGCUAAAAUAUCGCCCAGCGUAUCAUCCGCUUCUUCAGGCGGUGAAGCUAAAUCAAGAGUACUUCCGUCGAGCGGAGAGGACGAAAGACGAGGACCUGAAAGUAGUAGCUCUCAGAUUGGCGUCGGAGCUCCAGACCGAUCUACUGCGCUCAAUCGGUCAGGAGGAGUUCCUGAAUAUCUUCAACUGGAAUCUGAAGUUGGAAUUCGACGAGUACCUGAACACUCAGAAGGGCAGGAACUUCCUGAAGGAGAGAGGCGCCGAAGUGACGCCGACCCCUUCUCCGGAAGUCCAAAUGCAACCUCAGGAAACAGGAAUGCCUCAAGCCCACCCUCCAGGGCAGCAGACAGAACAUCAGCCUCAAUCACAGAUGUAUUACCAUCCGAACGGGUAUUACUACCCGUACCCGCCGAUGAACCCAAAUCCGCAGGCUCAAUACUGGCCCCAACAGAGUUACAACCAGGAGUACUCGACUUUCCAGCAGGGGUAUUACCCGCCUCAGCAGAUGGUAAACAACCUAGUUCCCCAGGCGGAACAGUCGGCCCCUCCUCAACCGACAAGAAAGAGGGAAAGCGAUCAAGCUCCGAAGAACAAUCGAAAUCGCCCGCGCAACAGAAAGGCAAAGGGACCAAGUUGGGUCCCUCCUCCCAACUCAAAUCGAGCCCCUCCGGACUCAAACUCAGUAAGCGCCAGGGAGAGACGUCGACGAGCCCAUCAGCUUUCCAUUCACCAGGAAAUGAUAAGACUCAGCCGUACGACUCAGGCUCAGUAUCAGGCGCUAGAGUCCAUGAGAAAUCAGAACGCAGGGGGCGGGAGUCGUCAUCAACCCCGAGAGGACGCACAGACUCCAAGAAAUUAA